GCCGGGCGGGCCGCAAACCCAGGCCUUAAAGGCUGAGUCAAGCGCGACCUGGCCCGCACCUCCGGCCUCGGCGACCCUUGGAGAGAUAAACGUGUGACCGUGGAGUGCGCCUGCGCAGCUUUGGAAGCCGCAGAAAGGUGUGAGGUAGCACCUCAUUUUUCGGGAUUCAUGGCUGUCCCUACUUUGGGUCAGGCGUCCUGAUAAAUACAAUUUUUCGUCACCUGCGUACCUUCUUCAGUUUUUGAAACAUGAAUCCUUCAUUCUUCCUGACUGUCCUUUGCUUGGGAGUAGCCUCAGCUGCUCCAAAACUUGAUCCAAAUUUAGAUGCGCAUUGGCACCAGUGGAAGGCAACACACAGGAGGUUAUAUGACAUGAAUGAAGAAGGAUGGAGGAGAGCAGUGUGGGAGAAGAAUAAGAAAAUAAUUGACCUGCAUAAUCAGGAAUACAGCCAAGGAAAACAUGGCUUCAGCAUGGCAAUGAAUGCCUUUGGUGACAUGACCAAUGAAGAAUUUAGGCAGGUGAUGAAUGGUUUUCAAAAUCAGAAGCAUAAGAAGGGGAAACUGUUCCGUGAACCUCUCCUUAUUGAUGUCCCCAAAUCUGUGGAUUGGACUAAGAAAGGCUAUGUAACUCCUGUGAAGAACCAGGGUCAGUGUGGUUCUUGUUGGGCGUUUAGUGCCACUGGUGCUCUUGAAGGACAGAUGUUCCGGAAAACCGGCAAACUUGUUUCACUGAGUGAGCAAAACCUGGUGGACUGCUCUCGGCCUCAAGGCAAUCAGGGUUGCAAUGGUGGCCUAAUGGAUAAUGCCUUCCAGUAUAUUAAGGAAAACGGAGGCCUGGACUCAGAGGAAUCUUAUCCAUAUCUUGCAAUGGACACAAAUAGCUGUACCUAUAAGCCUGAGUGUUCUGCUGCCAAUGACACUGGCUUCGUUGACAUCCCUCAGCGGGAGAAGGCCCUUAUGAAGGCAGUGGCAACUGUGGGCCCCAUCUCUGUUGCUAUUGAUGCAGGCCAUGCAUCCUUUCAGUUCUAUAAAUCAGGUAUUUAUUAUGAUCCAGACUGCAGCAGCAAAGACCUGGAUCAUGGUGUUUUGGUGGUUGGCUAUGGCUUUGAAGGAACAGAUUCAAAUAACAAUAAAUUUUGGAUUGUCAAGAACAGUUGGGGUCCAGAAUGGGGCUGGAAUGGCUACGUGAAAAUGGCCAAAGACCAGAACAACCAUUGUGGAAUUGCCACAGCAGCCAGCUAUCCCACUGUGUGAGCUGAUAGAUGGUGAUGAUAGAGGACUUGAGGACAGCAUAUCUGGAGGAAUUUUAUCUUAAAACUGACCAAACCCUUACUGUAUAAGAUCAUACGCUUGAAUCAUUGAGGAUCCAAGUUGUGAUUUGAAUGCUGUGACAUUUUUAUAAGGGUAAAAUGUUACCACUACUUUAAUUACUAUUAUAAAUAGCUUUAUAAUGUUGAAGACUCAUUGCUUAACUCUAAGACUUUUGAAUUUUCAUUUUUGAAAAGGAUAUAUAAAACUCUGCCUUUUACAAUAAAUUUUAAUUCAAUACAU